AUGGCCGCGUUGAAUCACACACGAAAAAAUCUACUACGAUUUCAGCAAAAACUUGGCAUUGAACCAGUGAAUCUGGAAGAUACUCGAUGGAACUUUUGGGGAGCAGUUUUCUACUGUAUGACAGUGUACACAACCAUUGGUUACGGUAAUAUUGUGCCGACAACGACUGCCGGCAGGGUGCUAACAAUUCUGUACGCGUUUAUUGGAAUUCCCUUCGCAGUGCUCACUCUUUUUGCACUUGGAGCAAUUUUCGCAAAACUCUGCAAGACAUUGUGGAAAAUGAUAAUUAAAUCGACAACUGUGGUCAGCAAGGAUCUGGAGCGAAAGGUCACAGAGGCUGUUGGAUUUGACAAAGAAGCGCAGUUAUCGAGAUCUUCCACCAGUCUUAGCGAUGAAGAUCUUUUGUCGUUUCCAAUUUCUUUUCUUGUUCUGCUCACAAUACUCUGGGUGUUCUUCUGUGCCUUCGUCUUCACAAUAUUGGAAGAUUGGAGUUAUGGUACCUCGUUAUACUUCACAUUGAUUUCUUUCACAACUAUUGGCUUUGGCGACGUGCUACCAUCUGAAUACGAUUACAUUGUUGUCGUUGGUUUUCUCCUUCUCAUUGGACUUUCGCUUGUCUCCACCGUGCUCACCCUUGUUCAGCAGCAAAUUGAAGCUCUAGCCACUGGUGUACAAGAUGAUAUCGACCGUGAAUACGCGAAAGCUCUUGUGGAAGCAGCCAAUGAAGGUGACAUCUCCCCAGAUCUCAAAAAAACGAAGACGCCCAAUGCAAAUUCGAUUAAAACAAUUAGUUCUCCUGCGCAAAGUCAUGAAGUCGAUCAUCGCUCGAUGGAUGCUAUCCUGUCCAGAAUGCCUUUCAAACAACGUAUCCUUUACCGAGUGAUGCCGAAAUCGGCGAAAAAACGACUUGCCAAUGAAUCACGGCUUAAGAUGAGUAGAAGAAAUGAAGCUGUGCAAACUGAUAUGCUUCUCCUUCAGGCAUGCUUUAUUGCACGAGGAAAUUUUGAAAAUGGAGUUGAACAACGAGCUGCCAUCGGUUCGUCAAAUGUCGUCUUCACCAAGUCGUCUUGUUACCAGUGGCAUAAACGUGAAAAGCACUUACCCAGUUUCCGUUAA